AUGACACCGAUUGUCUGUGUAUCAAAGAGCACGAUUGAAGCCGCUUUGCAUCAACUUGCCUUCAUCCCUGCUUCGACGGAGUUCCGUGGGCAUGGUAUGGCCAGAGCUCCGUUGUUGAUUGUGAUUCCGAGGGUGCUAUCUUACGAUUUUCAGUACUUUCUUUCAGACCUUCCUUUGAGGGAAGGCAGUUUUGCGUCUGAAGUCAUCCAGUACCUGCAAACUGCCAUUAUCCCGGACAAGCACCAUGAGAAUGUAGACCCAGGCGUUUUCACAAAUGCCUAUGCAGACUCAGACUUCAACUCUCCAUCUUACCGCCAACGUCAUAUGUGCCAGCGUCCCAGAGCACAGGCACCGCAAGCUGAGAUUUUGGAGGCCAGCACAGAGGAAGUCAGCAAAUUCAUGCUCUCAGCAGAGUUUGAGUUCAGUGUGCCUGGCCAUCUUAAGAUAAGGUCCCAGACUUGCUUCGUUUGUUGGACUGACACGGUUUGCGAUGAUGAUAUCACCAUCACAGGCGUGCUAAGGGUGCAGAGUUUGGUUCGAAGCAGGGGGCCUUGCACCUGGAUCCUGGACUUCAGAGCCUAA